AUGGCUACGCGUCGCUCAACGCGACUGAGCUCUGCACCGGCAUCGGCACCACCUUCUGCCUCCGUUAUGACGGACGACACGUUUGAUGGAGAGCUCUCUGAGCUUUCCGACUCGGAUGUGGAGAUGUCUCCCACCACUCGCGAACCCGAGAAAGAGGAAGAAAUAUAUAGCGACGGUAAGGAGGGGAAGGGGGAGGAGGAGGAGGAGGAAGAGGAAGAGGAAGAAGAGUGGUCAGAAGACGACCGCCCUGCUAAGCGCAGAAAGACUGCGACCGGAAAAGCCGUUACCACUCAUACGCGUACUAGAGCAGCUGCCACUGGUAUGAAGAAGGCUGCACCCAAGCCGAAGCCCGCUGCGCGCUCACGCGUGCAGGGUCGGCUGAAGAACAUCAUGAGCAUGCCUCUGGAUGUUCUAUUCGAGAUCUUCUCUGUGCUCCAACCGUCGGACCUCCUAGCCCUCGCUCGUACGAGCAAAGCUCUCCGCAGCGUGAUGAUGAAUCGUGCACAUAUCAGUGUAUGGAAAGCUGCGCGGGAGAAUGUACCGAGUUUGAAGGCACCUGAGCCACCUGUGGGUGUAUCUGAACCUGCCUGGGCUCAGCUGCUAUAUGGCGGCAGCGGUUGCUACUCAUGUGGCACGAAGAACGUCCAGCGCAUCGACUUCGGGAUUCUGAGGCGGGUGUGUACCCAUUGCAAGAAACGCUGCCUCGUAUGGUCCUCGCGAUUUGAAAAGCUCUGUGAGGGGAUGGAUCCUGCUCUCAUGGACCUCUUAGGCUACACCAACGUGGGCGGUCAUUCGCAUGGUCACGCCUCGAAUAGUCGAUUUUACUGGAGGGCAGAUCUCGUUGACAUGGAACGACGGCUUACUGCUAUUCGUAAGGGCCCGGGUGGGCUGAAAGCCGUUGGCGAGUUCCGAGCGCAACAGAUCGAACAGGUCGAACAGCUCAUGAAGGAUGUCGAUGAGUUGGACAGGUGGAUGGCGAGAUCAGCAAUGCAGGCCGCUGAGGAACGCGAGUCUAUACAAGAUAGGAAGUACAAGAGUAUAGUCGCACGCUUUGUUGCUGCUGGAUACGAAACCCGCGAUUUACCUUCACGGUACGAUCUCAAGACUUCGCUCUCAAGCAAAGCGGAAUUGACGGACGCAUCCUGGAAACGUCUUUUUGCGAAGCUCGAGCCUGUAGUUAUAGCUAAGCGCGAUGAGCGCUUCGCGUACGAGGAGAAGGCGCGGGUCCUCCGGCGCGCAAAGAUGGCUGCGUGGCUAUAUAACGGCUACCUGCAGACACUCGUGCCCGUCCAAUGGCGGUUUUUACCAACACCGCAGCAUCUCAUUGUCAGUCGCUGUCGCGAUCUAUCGUCGUUCAAGGGUCUGGUGGACGCGGAGGAGGAACCUACGCGGGAGCAGUGGGACGAGGCUGUCACCAGGCUUCCGGCUGAACUCUCUGCUCAUCUAGUUGCGCACCUCAACGUCUUGAAGGAGGCUAUUCCCGAUCUAACGGAUGCACCGGAGUCUUUCGAGCUCGCUUUGUCAUCGAACGGCUCAGACUCGUUCGUCCUGGCCCAGAUCGUUGCGCGCUUCUCCUCGCUCGAUCUUGCGCGGGCUGUGUUCAUGCGCAACGAAACCGACUGGAGUGUGGGAUGCGACAAUCCACAGGUGUGGGAUCUCAUGUCGGCAUCGCCCAUCGCAGGCCAACCUACCUUAUCGCCUCAAGGAGCUGCCGCUGCAUGCGAAGUUACCAAGCUAGUCGAGAAGAGUUUCGCGAGCGUGACAGCCACAGAAAUGGACGUCGUGUGUGGCGAUACUUGGUUUACCUGCGAAUGCUUCGACAAGCCCGGCAUACAGGCAAUGGGAUUUCUGGGGUGGAGAAGCUUCGUGGAUCAUUGCAUACGAAAGCCGAAUGACGUCCAUGUACCGAUUGCGAUUCCGCAAGACAGCGCACCGACCGUGCAGAAGCGCACAGAUGCUAUCAACAACCGCCAAUGGGCAUGCGUUCAUUGUCCGGAGUACGGUAUAAGGCUCGACUCGCACGGAUACAGCGGGUACGGGUCCGUACCCGCUGAUCUUUCUCCGAUGGAGAAGUUCGCGAUGUCGUAUAGCAUGCCGUUCCCCAACCUCGAUACACGCUCUGCUCUGAUCCAGCAUAACCAAACGAAGCACGACGUCCAGGAUCCGAUUGAACACAUAGACUACUUUUACUACGCUACAUUCCGUGGCAACCGGCCGAUAACAACAACACACGUGGUACGCAAGAAGGUCAACGCUCAGGCCAGCGCACACUCUCCCGGCACUGGCUUCAACUGUAUGCACUGUGACAAACCAGGGCCGAAGGGACGGCAUCGCGUCUUCAUUGAGGGCGGUGUUCGAUCACACAUUAUGGCCAAACAUAGGGACUCUAUCGGGGAGAAGACCGAACAAACCCUGGUUUUGGGUACUGAUUUUGCGCUCGCUACUUAA